AUGACUCACCAGAAGAAGACCAAGAUGUCCAACAGCAGCAGGCAGGUUAACGGCGAUGUUGCCCACAACUCCGCGGUCAUCGAGCACUUGCUUGGAUACCCCAUCGUCGAGUCCAGCAUCUCGACUGUCAAGGCCAACCCCUACGGCCAAAGACUCCUCGAGGUUACCGAGAAGGUGUACCAGACCUUUGGAGCUCCCUUCCUCGGCUACCUCCAGGGCCCAUACCAAUACGUCUCCCCAUACGUCCAGAAGGCCGACGACUUGGGCGACAAGACGCUGUCGAAGCUCGAUGAGAAGUUCCCCAUUGUCAAGAAGCCGACAGAUGAGCUCGUCCACGAUGCUCAGUCCAUCAUUCAGUUCCCCAUCCGCCUUGGCCAGAGCGGCAAGGAGCAUGUCCUCAGCACCUACAACACCGAGCUCGAGAAGGUUGGCGGCCAGGGCUUGACUGCUUACUACAAGGCUGCUCUCACCACCGCCCUCACCCUCGGCACCGAAACCUACGCUACUGCCGCCAGCUUCCUCAACACCCAGAAGGAGAACGCCAAGCAGCAGACGGCUAACGGUCAGGCCAACAACUAGAGGCUGGUCAAGACACCGUUGCUAGCGGACCAAGGCUCGACUUCGUUACACCAUUCGGAUAUGGUCACUCCCCAACAGAUGGUCGACCCAGCUGGCAAUGAUAUCACACCCGGGGCAGUUGACGAGAGAUCACCAGUUCCCGUCUCGCUUUGGGGCAUGGCCUUUAGUUCUUGCGACUGAUGCGACUGCGAAGACGUUCCUUUGGAUUGAAAACGCAGUCAUACUACACAAAUCUCUUCUCACCUCUACACCGACGUCGUAGGCGAGACUGAGGGCUCGCUGAGGGUGUGAGCAUGGGGUUGAAGCAUACGAAAAGCAUGCUUAUCAAACAU